CGGCGGAGGGAAGAUGGCGGACGGCGUGGACCACAUAGACAUCUACGCGGACGUGGGCGAGGAGUUCAACCAGGAAGCGGAAUAUGGUGGGCAUGAUCAGAUAGAUCUGUAUGAUGAUGUCAUCUCCCCAUCUGCAAAUAAUGGAGAUGCUCCAGAAGACCGGGAUUACAUGGGUACCCUCCCGCCAACCGUUGGCGAUGAUGUGGGAAAAGGAGCAGCACCCAAUGUUGUCUAUACGUAUACUGGAAAGAGAAUUGCAUUAUAUAUUGGAAAUCUAACUUGGUGGACAACAGAUGAAGACUUAACUGAAGCAGUUCAUUCUUUGGGAGUAAAUGAUAUUUUGGAGAUAAAUUUUUUUGAAAAUCGGGCAAAUGGCCAGUCAAAGGGAUUUGCACUUGUUGGUGUUGGAUCUGAAGCAUCUUCCAAAAAGUUAAUGGAUCUUUUGCCCAAAAGAGAACUUCAUGGCCAGAAUCCUGUUGUAACCCCGUGCAAUAAACAGUUCCUGAGUCAAUUUGAAAUGCAGUCCAGGAAAACUACACAAUCAGGACAAAUGUCUGGGGAAGGUAAAGCUGGUCCUCCAGGAGGCAGUUCACGUGCAGCAUUUCCACAAGGUGGUAGAGGACGGGGCCGUUUUCCAGGGGCUGUUCCCGGUGGGGACAGAUUUCCUGGGCCAGCAGGACCAGGAGGGCCACCCCCACCUUUUCCAGCUGGACAAACCCCACCACGCCCGCCCUUAGGUCCUCCUGGCCCGCCUGGUCCUCCAGGCCCUCCUCCUCCUGGUCAGGUUCUGCCACCUCCUCUAGCUGGGCCUCCUAAUCGAGGAGACCGCCCUCCACCACCAGUUCUCUUUCCUGGACAGCCUUUUGGGCAGCCUCCGUUGGGUCCACUUCCUCCUGGACCUCCACCUCCAGUUCCAGGUUAUGGCCCCCCUCCUGGCCCACCACCUCCACAGCAGGGACCACCACCACCUCCAGGCCCCUUUCCACCUCGCCCACCUGGUCCACUAGGGCCACCCCUUACACUUGCUCCUCCGCCGCAUCUUCCGGGACCACCUCCAGGUGCCCCACCGCCAGCUCCACAUGUGAAUCCAGCUUUCUUUCCUCCACCAACUAACAGCGGCAUGCCUACAUCAGAUAGUCGAGGUCCGCCACCAACAGAUCCAUAUGGCCGAGCUCCUCCAUAUGAUAGGGGUGACUAUGGCCCCCCUGGGAGGGAAAUGGAUACUGCAAGAACACCUUUGAGUGAAGCAGAGUUUGAAGAAAUCAUGAAUAGAAAUAGGGCAAUCUCAAGCAUUGCUAUUUCAAGAGCUGUGUCUGAUGCCAGUGCUGGUGAUUAUGGGAGUGCUAUUGAGACAUUGGUUACUGCAAUUUCUUUAAUUAAACAAUCCAAAGUGUCCGCUGAUGAUCGCUGCAAAGUUCUCAUUAGCUCUUUGCAAGAUUGUCUUCAUGGAAUUGAAUCCAAGUCAUAUGGUUCUGGAUCGAGAAGACGUGAACGAUCAAGAGAGAGGGACCAUAGUAGAUCACGAGAAAAGAGUCGGCGUCAUAAAUCCCGUAGCAGAGAUCGCCAUGAUGAUUACUAUAGAGAGAGAAGCAGGAGAGAGAGACACCGGGACCGAGAUCGGGACCGAGAGCGGGACCGAGAGCGGGACCGAGAGCGGGACCGAGAGCGAGAGUAUCGUCAUCGUUAGAAGCUGAAGGAAGAGGAACACCUUCCAGGAUAAAAGUCU